AUAAGUUUGAAAGAAACGAAAGAAGAAGAACAUUACGUUUAAAGUUUAGAACGUUGAGAUCUGGCCAGAAAAAUGGCAUACUAUUUGGAACACGUGCUCGUUGGCAAUCGGAUUCAACUGAAUGAGGGUGUCCAAGUUCUGGGGCGCCACUCCCAAUGCACCUGUAUAAUGAAGUACGACUACAUGUCCCGAUUCCACGCCCUUGUUCUGGUUAAGCAUGGCAAAAUAUUCAUUAAGGAGCUGGAUACCAACAAUGGUGUAUUUAUCAACUAUUCGCCGGAGCGAAUUGGCACGGAAUGGCAGGAACUAUCCGUGGGCGAUGAUCUCUGUUUUGGGGUCAAAAUAAACGGCGAGGUCGCCGUGGAGAUACCGGUUACGUUCGGGAUCUUCACCGUCAAGGCGGAGGAGCUGCAUUCCCAUCACUCCCUUGCUGUCGUCGACGGCAGUAAUGUACACCACACCGGAGAGCCAUCCAGUUCGCCAUAAAGCAGGGUGCAGAAAUGCAAAUGCCCCACUUAACGACACAAUCCCAUUUAAGGGGGCGUUAAUUUUCCAAGCCCGAUAAGACCAUGGAACUGGAUCCUAAGGACCAGAGUCAUUGCAUACAAAUCGCCAACAAGAAGCUACUGCAAUCCGACAAAAACCACACACACAGUUGCGGCUGAAAUAAUAGGUAUUAGGCAACUACUUAGGAAACUAUUUAAUUGUAUCAUCUUACAAUCAACUAAUUGUAUUUGCACUUGGUGAAACCAAUUUAUGAAAGCACUGAAAACCAGUACAGGAAAAUUGGUCAAACACAAAAACCAAACCGUUUAAACACUUCGCUGUGUUGCCCUGUAAUUGCUUAAACUUGGAAGAGACUUUAUAGAAUUCGAUGGGCUAACUUUGCUAGAAGAAGGAUAAUUUAGUUAAUAAUAAUGUAUUUAACUAUGCAAUUUUCCAAUAAUGUAAUUCAAAUAAGCUGCUUGAUAGUCUCUUUUAUAUAAGCUGGUUGAGCUUUGAAAUUACGAGGCUAAUGUUUCGAUUGUAGCUGUUUACUUUGCAAGCCUCUGAGUAUCCUGCAAUCCUUAUUGCCGCCUCAUUUGGCUGGUAAUUAUGCAACAAAGAGAAGGGGGCUACGUGUACAGAUUUGGGUAGUUUUCUUAUGACAGCCACGACCACAAUUGGAAAUUCGCCAUAAAACACAACACGCUUUAUAAGUUGUUAUGACCACAAAGAAAUAUAGAAAGGUUUAGGCUAACGAACAAGUUGUAUUAUAGAAGUUAAACUGUUUUGCCAUAGACUGUGUGUGUGUGCUGGCAUGGGUUAUUAUGGGCACACCCCGUGUCAAUUGUAACGCUUUCAGUGUCGACGCCCCUGACUAAUUUGUCACUUUUGUUCUCGCCUCGAUGGGACUUUUAGAAUUACUUGUUUGUUUGUUUUUCUUUAUUUCAUACCAGUUGCCCAUUUUUUGGCUGGCAACCCUUUUCAAGGGCAAUUUCGUAUUCAAAUGUUGUUUGACUCCGGUGUCUGUCUCGCUUUCUCUGCAUUCAGUGGCUGUACGUGUUCGGUGUGAUCUGCCCCCUGGCUGUCAUUUUCGUCGUAGCCAGUACUUUGAACAACAUCCCCACCGGAGAGCUCUCAUUCGCACGUAAUUAGCUGUUAAUUUGGACUACCACUUGGCAACCGGGCGAGGAAUUUCCUUUGUAACUUCUCCAUGUUUCAGUGUGGGACAGAAAAUAAAAAUGUUUUUGAUUUGCCACAAGAGACCCAUGUCUCCGUCGUAUAGUUUAUUAGCUAUGCUUUUGCUUCUCUAUAUGUUUGAUUUUAAUUGGUUACAUUUUCGAAUGUGGUCAACUUCGUGACCACUUCGUCCACAAAUUUCUGAAACUCGGCUUGGCCCUCAGCGUCGGGGGUUUCCAUUAUCUUGUUGAGAAUCUCCCAGUGAAAGUGCUUAUUCAAUAGGCCCUGCUUGAUAACAAAGGCGGGCAUUACGAUGUCGAAGUGCCGGAGUUUCCAAGUGGCACGCAAUCGCGGAAUGUAGAUGCGAUUGCUGACCAUCUCGCUGUCGUCCACAUCGUAGAUGCAGUGCUCCUCGCGCUCCUCUUGCUGCUGCUGCGGAGCCUUUUUCUCUACCUGGCGACGGGACUUCUUUGGCACUGGCGGUAGGGGAUUCGAUUCCGGCUGGCGGUUAG